CUGUUUGAGUAAGAACCUUGAAGAGCAACAUGGCCGCCUGCUGGAGGAUGGCUGGAGCUGUUCGGCCCUUCAGGCACCGAGCGGCGCCGCUGCUGACCGGAGCCGCAGCGCAGAGCCGCGGCCUCAGCGCGCUGCCCGCGGCCCGCCCGGGGCUGCCAGCGGCCCGGCGGUGGCUGCGGGUCGCGGCCGCCCCGCUCCCUCUCAGCCGCUUCCCCGCGUCCAGCCGCGGUGAACACGCGCUGAGUCGAUGGUUCGGUACCCGGUCCAGCGGGUCGGGCUUCUCCGGGGAGGACGGUGGAGACAGCGCCGCCUCUGGGGGAGAUGAGGCGGGAGGAGGAGACGGGGAAGCCCCUUACAGCGAAGCCCAGAUGACGGCUCUGACCCCCAUGCUGGUUCCGGAGGUGUUUCCCAACGUGCCGCUGAUCGCUGUGAGCCGGAACCCGGUGUUCCCCCGGUUCAUCAAGAUCAUCGAGGUGAUGGUGAUGAUGAUGAUGGUGAUGAUGAUGAUGGCCGCGUUCUGGCCUCCUCUCAGCCGCGUUCUGGCCUCCUCUCAGCCGCAUUCUGGCCUCCUCUCAGCCGCGUUCUGGCCUCCUCUCAGCCGCGUUCUGGCCUCCUCUCAGCCGCAAACAGGCAUUGAAGUGUUUGUUGAUCAGGUUGCAGAUGCUGACCUGAGUCCAGAGCUCCAGCCUUUACCCUCCUCCAGCAUCCUGAUGGUUGAAGUGGAUAACGUCCAGCAUGAGCAGUUCACGGUCACAGAGGAGGUUAAGGCGCUGACAGCUGAAAUAGUGAAGACCAUCCGGGACAUCAUCGCCCUCAACCCCCUCUACAGAGAGUCGGUGCUUCAGAUGAUGCAGGCCGGUCAGCGGGUGGUGGAUAACCCCAUCUACCUGAGCGACAUGGGGGCGGCGCUGACAGGAGCCGAGUCCCGGGAGCUGCAGGACGUCCUGGAGGAGACCAAUAUCCCCAAGCGUCUCUACAAAGCUCUGUCUCUGCUGAAGAAGGAGUACGAACUGAGCAAACUGCAGCAGCGGCUGGGCCGUGAGGUGGAGGAGAAGAUCAAGCAGACCCACAGGAAAUACCUCCUGCAGGAGCAGCUGAAGAUCAUCAAGAAGGAGCUGGGUCUGGAGAAAGACGACAAAGAAGCCAUCGAAGACAAAUUCAGGGAGAGGCUGAAGGACCGGAAUGUCCCUGAACACAUCAUGGAGGUGAUCAAUGAAGAACUGAACAAGCUGGGGCUGCUGGAUAACCACUCCUCAGAGUUCAAUGUGACCCGUAACUACCUGGACUGGCUCACCAGCAUUCCAUGGGGGACCAACAGCCAGGAGAACCUGUCCUUGGACCGAGCCAAGGAGGUUCUGGAGGAAGACCAUUAUGGGAUGGAUGAUGUGAAGAAACGUAUCCUGGAGUUCAUCGCCGUCAGCCAGCUGCGAGGCUCCACCCAGGGCAAGAUCCUCUGCUUCUACGGCCCCCCCGGGGUAGGCAAGACCUCCAUCGCCCGCUCCAUCGCCAGGGCGCUGAACAGGCAGUACUUCAGGUUCAGCGUGGGCGGCAUGACAGACGUGGCUGAGAUCAAAGGACAUCGGAGAACAUAUGUUGGAGCGAUGCCCGGGAAAAUGAUCCAGUGUCUGAAGAAAACCAAGACGGAGAACCCGCUGGUGCUGAUCGACGAGGUGGAUAAAAUAGGCCGCGGUUACCAAGGCGAUCCGUCCUCUGCUCUGCUGGAGCUGCUGGAUCCUGAACAGAACUCCAACUUCCUGGACCAUUACCUGGAUGUUCCUGUGGACCUGUCGAAGGUUCUGUUUAUCUGCACCGCCAACGUGACCCACACCAUCCCAGAACCGCUGAGGGACAGAAUGGAGAUGAUCAACGUGUCUGGAUAUGUGGCCCAGGAGAAGCUGGCCAUCGCUGAGCGCUACCUGGUCCCCCAGCUGCGCACGCUCUGCGGCCUGACGGAGGAGAAGGCCUCCAUCUCAUCGGAUGCCCUGAGUCUGCUCAUCAGACAGUACUGCAGAGAGUCUGGAGUGAGGAACCUGCAGAAGCAGAUAGAGAAGGUCUUCCGUAAAGUGGCGUUUCACAUCGUGAGCGGGGCGCAGGACUCGGUGGCGGUGGCGCCAGACAACCUUUCGGAUUAUGUGGGUAAACCAGUUUUCACAGUGGACCGCAUGUACGACGUCACCCCCCCAGGAGUGGUCAUGGGCCUGGCAUGGACAGCUCUGGGAGGCUCCACCCUCUUCAUUGAGACAUCGCUCCGCCGACCUCUGGGAGGGGCGGACACUAAAGGAGACGGUUCCUUAGAGGUUACAGGUCAGCUCGGGGAAGUGAUGAAAGAAAGCGCAAAGAUUGCUUCAACCUUUGCCAGAGCGUUCCUCAUGGCCAAGGAGCCAGAGAAUACCUUCCUGACCAGCUCCCACCUGCACCUGCAUGUUCCAGAGGGAGCUACUCCUAAGGAUGGACCCAGCGCCGGCUGCACCAUUGUCACAGCGCUGCUGUCCCUGGCAACCAACCGGUCUGUGCGUCAGAAUGUGGCCAUGACUGGGGAGGUGUCACUGACUGGAAAAAUCCUGCCGGUUGGAGGAAUCAAGGAGAAAACCAUUGCAGCUCGUCGUGCCGGAGUCACCUGCAUCGUCCUUCCAGCAGAGAACAGGAAGGACUUCUCUGACCUUCCAGACUACAUCACGGAAGGACUGGAGGUCCACUUUGUAGACCACUACAACCAGAUCUACCCCAUCGUCUUCCCACAGAACUAGGACUCCUGUUUUACUGCUGUCAAAGAGCAUCUUUUCUAGGAUCCCACAGCUGCCAUGAUCACAGACGUUGGUCAGGGUAGCAGAAGGAGGACCGAUGUUAGGGCGGGGUCACCUGAUCAGAACCGGCAGAGUUCUGGGACAGUUCAGAGACUGCCUGCUGGCCUGGUGCUGCUGGGCAGGAGUCUGAGGAAUAGCUCUCCAUCCACACCUUAGAGGGUUGGAGAGGAGCAGAUGAAGCCGUUUAUAUUUAAAUAAAGGAAAAGAAAGAACUGAUGGAAACGAGUCACUGAGUCCAGACCUUGUUUAUCUGGGUGUGAUAAGCCCCGCCUUCUGGAGCCCAGUCCAAUCACACGUCUCGGUUUCUUCCUAUGGUUGUUAGUCUAAUCAGGCUGAUACUGGGAACCAGAGGGUGAGGCGUCUCCUCCCCCGUCCUGCGCUCCCCCCUCCAUGUGAGGAAGAAUGCGAUGAUCAUCUGCACAGUGAUCAAAUGUUGGUUUUAGUAAAGCAGUGGCCUGAUGAGGAAAUGGGCGGAGCUGGAACUCCUGACCAAUGAGAGGUGAAGGCAUCAUUUCAUCACAGAUGUGCCAGUAAGGGAAUUUAAAAGCAACGUAGCCUUAGCAGUUAGCUAUUAACCUGUUCAAUAUUUAACCCUUACAGCGCCGCCAGCGUGCAUUAAUAACCGCGUCACCUGGAAGCCUCGUGCUGAGCUGUAAUGGUGUGGAGCGGCCACUAGGGGUUAUACCCGCCUGGAAACAAAGCGUUAGACCAGGCAGGUCCAACUUCCUGCUGAAAUAAUCCAAACCUCUUGGUCAUUGCUGAGCCUGUUUGGCUUCAUCCUUCAGUCCUUCUGCUGGUUUAUCUACUGUUGGGUUUCUAACAGUU